CAUCAACCUGCCCCUUCCUUCCCCAUUUCACUUCCAUCAUCACCGUCUCCUCUCAACGACUCAUUUAACAUCUACACCAGCUAUCGAGGUGGCUUUGCCAUCUUCCACCUCCUCUGCUUGAUCACCUCCUCACCCUCAUUCUUCGCAUCACAUGGUCAUCACCGAGAUGAGUAUCCCUCUCUCCGUGCUUGCGCCGGCCGCCCCUAGCCCCACCCUCACACCGCCAGUGGGGCCGUGGGUACCGUCCGAGCCUCCGAGCGACAUGCACGUCCAAGAGUGGAAGUAUGAGAUGCGUCGCGAGGCGCAAGCCAUCUUGCCCAACCUCUUCCUUGGACCGUUCCAGGCAAGCACCAACUUGGGGCGUCUUCGUGAGAAGCGCAUCACACACAUCCUCUGCUUGCGAGACUCUGUCGAGGCGCGCCUCAUAUACCCAAGGUUCCCGACAGAGUUUGUCUACUUGACACUUGAUGUGGCCGAUUCGGAUGGCCAAAACAUCAUCUCGAUAUUCCCGCGCUGUAGGGAGUUUAUUGACAUGGCAAUGGACGCAGGCGGCGCGGUGCUUGUUCAUUGCAACAGUGGCAUAGCGACAGCGCCAGCGAUCGUGAUGGGCUACCUCAUGUGGAAGUUUGGAUGGGAUUACCUGCUCGCCCUCACCUUCGUCCAAAGCAAGCGGUACUGUGUCGCACCUGCUAGUUUCGAGGCCCAGCUCCGUGAGUACACUGCGAUUGCGCAGGCCCACAAGGCGUUGCCCGCUGGAUCACGCUCGGGCAUCGGCGAUCACAAGCGCGCCUUGGAGCAAGACAACGAAGAGGGGGCACCACCGAGGGGUGCGAGCAAGCGGCGCCUUACGGACGAUGAAGACGACGUCGAGAUGGAGUAGACACACGGGCUUGGCGCAGCCCAGAGGCUCUCCUUGUCCCACAGUAACAUGUCCCGGUCUCGUCUUUUCAUUCUGUCCUGCUUCCACAUCAAUCAGCCUGUCGAAUUGCUCUGGCCGCCUAUCGCUUCCAACAAUCCGCGUUCUGGACGCCACAUCACGCCACACGCCACCGCCCACCAUCAAGUACCCUGCAUUGCCAUACCAGUGUUCCCCUGACUUCGGCCACGCCUCGGCACUGCGCCUAACAAUCUUGCGGCUUCAAUCUCUUGUUCUUAUUCCCAUGUUCUGUUGUACAGGAAAGAUCGUUACGAAUGUGCAUGUCACAAUUACCA